AUGGCUGCCACCGCCCAGGCUAAAAUGGUGAGAGUAAAGGGUUUUGUUUUAACCGAGGAAAUAUGGUUGAAAGGUGGAGGAAUGAUGUUUGAUUGGUGGGAUGAGAUUGACGAAUCUGAGGGAUGGCAGAGAUUCAUUUUCUGUUUGUUAUCAGCUUCAUACGCUUUGGUUUCCAUUGUUGCCCUGGUACAACUGUGUCGUACUCGCUUGAGAGUGCCAGAGUUUGGGUGGACAACGCAGAAAGUUUUCCACUUGAUGAACUUCAUUGUGAAUGGAUUGAGGGCCGUUCUGUUCGGUUUCUACAAGAGCGUGUUUCUCGUUCGUUCAAAGGCACUUGAAAUGGUGCUUCUGGAUCUCCCCGGUCUUCUGUUUUUCUCGACAUAUGCAUUGCUUGUUCUUUUCUGGGCUGAGAUAUAUCACCAGGCAAGAAGUCUUCCAGUUAAUAAACUCCGGCCUGCAUACUAUAGCAUCAACGGACUUAUAUACUUUGCUCAGGCAUGCCUAUGGAUUUCUGUACGAUUAAGUGAGAGCCAGCUUACAGUGGAAAUCAGUAAACUCUCUGUUUCAGUCAUAUCGUUUUUUGCUGCAUUGGGGUUCAUGAUAUAUGGUGGGAGGUUGUUCUUCAUGUUGAGACGGUUCCCUAUCGAAUCGAGAGGCCGUCAGAAGAAACUGUUCGAGGUUGGCUUUGUGACAGGAAUCUGCUGUAUUUGUUUCUUGAUAAGAUGCAUUGUGGUGACACUUUCAGCCUUCGACCCCAAAGCUGACCUUGAUGUUCUGGAUCAUCCAAUCCUAAAUCUUAUCUACUACAUGUUGGUAGAAAUUCUUCCAUCGGCUUUGGUGCUGUUCAUUCUACGAAAACUGCCUCCGAAGCGCGGAUUGGAACAAGAUCACCAAAUAAGGUGAAGAGCUGAAUGCAUUUGAAUUUGUACCUGCAACUCCAAAAGAUUAUUUGCCCCGAAAAACAUGAACAGUCUGCUUCAAUCGUUAUUGCUGCUCCAAUCUUGUUCAUGAUCAGUUACUUGGUUUGAUAAAUGAACAUAAACAAACAAAAAUCGAACUAUCCAUGAGCACCAUGUAUGCUUAAUCUAUAGUCUAACU